AUGGGGGACUGGAACUUGUUGGGGAAGCUGCUGGAGAGUGCCCAGGAACACUCCACCGUUGUGGGCAAAGUCUGGCUGACGGUGCUGUUCAUCUUCCGCAUCCUGGUGCUGGGAGCCGCUGCUGAGAAGGUUUGGGGCGACGAGCAGUCGGGCUUCACCUGCGACACCAAGCAGCCCGGUUGUCAGAACGUCUGCUACGACAAGACCUUCCCCAUCUCUCACAUCCGCUUCUGGGUGAUGCAGAUUAUCUUCGUGUCUACGCCAACUCUCAUUUAUCUGGGCCACAUCCUUCACCUGGUCCGCAUGGAGGAGAAGGAGAAAGAGAAGGAGAAAGCUCUGGCCGCCCAGAGUGAAAAGCACCAGCAGUUAGUUGGCACCAAAGCCAAGAAGAGCCCAGUUAAAGACAACCAGGGCCACGUGCGUUUGAAAGGCGCCCUGCUGAGAACCUACGUCUUCAACAUUAUUUUCAAGACCCUUUUCGAGGUUGCCUUUAUUGUAGCUCAGUACUUCCUGUACGGUUUCGAGCUAAAGCCGAUGUACACCUGCGAUCGUUGGCCUUGCCCGAACGUCGUGAACUGCUACAUCUCCCGGCCCACCGAGAAGACGGUCUUCAUUCUCUUCAUGCUGGCCGUGGCCUGCAUCUCCCUGCUGCUCAACCUGGUGGAGAUGUACCAUCUAGGCUUCACAAAGUGCCACCAGGGUCUCCGUUACAGACGCUCACAGGCUGCAGCUGAGGCUUCCAAGGCCCUGACUGAGGCGGUCAUGCCCUACGUCCCCAACUAUAACUACUUCUCUGGUCAUCCUGCAGUGCCGGAGCCUUUCCCCACUGAGGCAAAGUACAGCAUGGCAGAGCCCAACUCUGCCUACAGUCCCUACAACAGCAAAGCAGUUUACAAGCAGAACAGAGACAAUAUGGCUGUGGAGAGGAAAGGUAAAGCAGAGGGAGACGAUGUGAAGGAGAGGAAAAUCUCCAGCCCUGCUUUCGAGCUGCAGAUGGAAAACCAGCGCAGAAACAGUCAGUCGAGCAAGAACAGCACGAACAAGAGCAGGCUGGACGACCUGAAGAUCUAGGGACCUUCUGUGUUUUUAUCCCAGACUCAGGAACAACAUGCAUUAGCCUGUGAAAGUACUUGAAGGACGACAAAACUAUAGAGUGCUAAAAUCCAGAUAGAA